AUCUGGAUUUUACACACACACACACACUCUCUCACACUCGUUGACCAAAAAAAAAACUCUCUCUUUCACUGAGAAAUGCUCUGCUUCACUCAUGUCCCACCUCUUCCUCUGUUCUCCACCUCCGGUAUCUAUCUUCCGGCCUCCAGACGAUUCACUAGUUUCAGGAUUAGAAUGUCUUCUUCUUCCUCCAUCGAUUCUGUUCCUCCUCCACCGGAUAACGCAAUCGUCCUUGGUUGUGGUGGAAUCGCUGUAGAUUUCUUAGCGACGGUGGAUUCUUAUCCUCAAGCUGACGACAAGAUCCGAAGCACUAGCCUAAAGGUGCAAGGAGGUGGAAAUGCUGCAAAUGCGUUAACUUGUGCUGCUCGUUUGGGAUUGAAUUCGAGACUGAUUAGUAAGGUAGCGAAUGACUCUCAAGGAAAAGGCAUGUUGGAGGAGCUUGAAGCUGAUGGUGUGGAUACUUCUUUUAUUGUGGUCUCUAAAGAGGGUAAUUCACCAUUUACCUAUAUCUUAGUUGACAACCAAACGAAAACGCGUACUUGUAUUCACACGCCUGGAGACCCACCUAUGUUACCAACUGACCUUUCUCAAUCGAGUAUGCUAUCAGCGCUAGACCGAGCCAGCAUUGUAUACUUUGAUGUAAGAUUACACGAAACAGCUUUGGUUAUUGCAAAAGAGGCAAGUCGCAAGAAGAUACCUAUUUUAGUUGAUACAGAGAAAAAAAGAGAUGGUUUAGAUGAUCUCUUGCCAUUCGCCGACUACGUUGUCUGUCCAGAAAAUUUCCCUCAGACAUGGACAGAAGUGUCUUCAACUCCUGGUGCACUUGUUUCCAUGUUGUUGAGAUUGCCUAAACUGAAAUUUGUGAUCGUGACCUCAGGUGAACAUGGGUGCUUAAUGGUUCAAAGAGCUUCAAAAGCAGAAGUAUUUGAAUCUCAAGAGACAGACAUUGAAAGCUUGUUGGAGACACUGAAGCAUAGAAAAGACUCAACGACAACAUUUCCAACAUGUGUUUCAUCGGAGACAACAAAGCUGAAGGCCAACGGGGUAGGAACAAUGACCGGAAGAUUGUUUCUCGGAACAGCGGAGAAAAUUCCUCCAGAAGAGCUUGUAGACACCACUGGUGCUGGCGAUGCAUUCAUAGGAGCUGUUCUAUAUGCCAUAUGCGCCGGCAUGCCCCCAGAGAAAAUGUUACCAUUUGCUGCUCAAGUGGCUGGUUGCAGCUGCCGGGCUUUGGGAGCUCGCACGGGUCUUCCUCACCGUACAGAUCCUAGACUUGUACCCUUUCUGAGUUCGUCUGCUUCAUGGCGUAAGUUACGUACAAACUUUGAGUUUGUGAACGGAUCAUCUGUUAUCGGAGGAAUCUCAUGCGUUUCGAUCCAUAAUCGAGCUAAUAGAUUUUGAUCUGAUAAGCCUCCUCCGGUGGUAAAUGGUAUGUUAUUUGUUUUUCCCCUGGGUUUAUUUCCGUUCACAUUCCAGAGGGAGUUUUAAAUUUCGUAGUGUCUUGAUUCUAUGGCGAUUGUGUUCUCGUAUCGUUGAAAUUGUUUGUUUGUUUGUUUUCAUGAGUAGCUAUGGUUGACUGAUCCGUGGCUUGACUUUUAUCG